AUGCUGUUUAACGUGAGGAACUUCUUCAGGAUGGCAAAACUAACAGGGACCAGAAAGCAGCUGCUGCGACAGUUUUGGUAUGGGCCACCAGCUCAGAUGAAUGUUCAUCUGAAAGGUCGUGACCUCCUUACUCUACAGAACUACACAGCAGAUGAGCUGAAGUAUUUGCUGUGGAUGGCCUCAGAUUUGAAACAAAGGAUAAAGCACAAAGGAGAGUAUUUGCCUUUGAUGCAAGGAAAAUCUUUGGCCAUGAUUUUUGAGAAGAGAAGCACGAGAACAAGAUUAUCUGCAGAAACAGGAUUUGCUCUCCUUGGAGGACAUCCUUCCUUCCUUACCACACAAGACAUACAUCUGGGCACUAAUGAGAGUCUCACAGAUACAGCAAGGGUGCUGUCCAGCAUGACAAAUGCAAUCUUGGCUCGAGUUUAUAAGCAUAACGAUCUGGACCUAAUGACGAAAGAAGCCACGAUCCCAAUAAUCAAUGGAUUGUCCGAUUUAUACCAUCCUCUCCAGAUUUUAGCUGAUUACCUAACUCUUCAGGAGCACUAUGGUGGGCUCAACGGGCUCACUGUCACCUGGAUUGGGGACGGAAACAACAUCCUCCACUCCAUCAUGAUGAGUGCUGCAAAGCUGGGAAUGCACCUGCGUAUUGCGACUCCCCAGGGCUUUGAACCAGACCUCAGAAUAACUAAAAUAACUGAACAGUACUCCAAAGAGUAUGGUACCAAGUUACUUCUCACAACAGAUCCUUUGGAAGCUGCAGACGGUGCCAAUGUCUUAGUUACAGAUACAUGGAUAAGUAUGGGACAAGAAGAGGAAAAGAAAGAAAGACUAAAGGCAUUUCAAGGUUAUCAGAUUACAAUGCAGACUGCAAAAUCUGCUGCUUCCAACUGGACUUUUUUACAUUGUUUACCCAGAAAACCUGAAGAAGUUGAUGAUGAAGUAUUUUAUUCUCCACGGUCAUUGGUUUUCCAGGAGGCUGAAAACAGAAAAUGGACAAUUAUGGCUGUCAUGGUUUCCCUGCUGACAGAUUACUCACCACAGCUACAAAAGCCUACAUUUUGAUGCUUGGAUUCCUGCCAAGAGAAAAAUAUUCCUCAUCGGCAGAAUAUUCUGGUCCACAAAUACAUAGAUCUUCUUCAGAAAGCAUCCAGGCAACGAAUGAUUCUUUAAUAAAACUGUAUAGUUAGCUGUAUAAUAUUGCAUUACAUUCGUGAAAAUGUUCAAGACAAUGAACACCAUUGCAAAAGCUGCUUUUCAUCUUGAUGCUCCAAGUUGGCUAUGCUUUCUAGUGAUCAGCAUCACGGAAAAUGUUCCAAGGUUGUACUUUAAUGAUUGGCUCUACCAGCAUUGUAGGCAUAGCGCGGUCUACCCAUAGCUGUGUUGGAAUUCAUAUAGUGUAAUAUGACAGACAUAAACUUCUCCCUAAACCUGUCCAUUUAAUUGCUGAUCUCAGGAAGCGUGCGCAGAGAAGCAGUGCUUUAGUUUGCCUUGGUUGCCUGCACUUCCUGGGCACGCUGGCUCCUUUCUGUCCUCCAGCCAACCUCCAAAUUCCACUCCUGUUUGACACCAAAAAUAUGGAGACCUUGUGAGCAUUAUCUUCUUCCGUGACAUUCCUGUGGGCUUGCACGGGAGGAUAUUGCUGUGGAACUGGAACAGGGCAGCUUCCGCAGAGUUGGAUGGUGCAGAGAGACGGCUGGAAGGAACUGGUUCAUUCUUUGUCCACCUCCCCUAGACCUUCACUCCCUAAACAGAAUUUUGGCUGAAGAAGCAAGUUUUCUAUUUCUUUUUUAUGAAGCAAAAAUGAGGGGCACCAUAUGAUGGAACUGUAUACAGCUCCUUUGCGGAAGGAAUUUGCUGCAUUUUGCCUGGCACUGUAACAUCGUGUAUGUUUCAGCUAAUCCAUCUCAGUAGUAAACAGAUUCAUGACAUUUGUAGUUUUUAUGAUGGCUGGAUGUCUGCGUUUCAUAUUUCAGGUAAAGCUUUGAGUACUAAUAAAAAACACCUUCUUUGUUGUUACUAAUUAGUUUCAAGAAUCUGAUGGUUUUUUUUCCUGCUGUAAUACUGGAACA